AGAAGAUUUGUUGCCGUCAUGUCGGCUGCGAUUGCAGCUCUGGCCGCUUCCUACGGUUCGGGUUCAGGGUCCGAAUCGGACUCGGACAGUGAGAGCAGUCGAUGUCCGCUGCCAGCCGCCGACUCCCUCAUGCACUUGACUAAAUCGCCUUCAGCCAAGCCGUCUCUAGCAGUGGCAGUGGACUCGGCUCCGGAGGUGGCAGUUAAGGAAGAUUUGGAGACUGGAGUUCACCUUGACCCUGCUGUCAAAGAAGUUCAGUAUAAUCCUACCUAUGAGACCAUGUUUGCUCCUGAGUUUGGACCAGAAAAUCCCUUUAGGACACAGCAAAUGGCCGCACCUAGAAACAUGCUUUCUGGAUAUGCCGAACCAGCUCAUAUCAAUGAUUUCAUGUUUGAGCAGCAAAGGAGAACUUUUGCAACAUAUGGUUAUGCAUUAGACCCUUCAUUAGAUAAUCAUCAGGUGUCUGCUAAAUAUAUUGGUUCUGUAGAAGAAGCUGAAAAAAAUCAAGGUUUAACUGUAUUUGAAACUGGUCAGAAGAAAACAGAAAAGAGGAAAAAGUUUAAAGAAAAUGAUGCAUCCAAUAUUGAUGGUUUCUUGGGACCAUGGGCAAAAUAUGUGGAUGAAAAAGAUGUAGCCAAACCUUCAGAAGAAGAACAAAAAGAAUUGGAUGAAAUCACAGCAAAGAGGCAGAAAAAAGGAAAGCAGGAAGAAGAGAAACCUGGGGAGGAGAAGACAAUCUUACAUGUUAAAGAAAUGUAUGACUAUCAAGGCAGGUCCUAUCUUCACAUACCUCAGGAUGUUGGUGUUAAUCUACGGUCAACUAUGCCACCUGAGAAGUGUUAUCUUCCCAAAAAACAAAUUCAUGUGUGGUCUGGACACACGAAGGGCGUCAGUGCAGUCAGAUUGUUUCCUCUCUCUGGCCAUUUAUUGCUGUCUUGUUCCAUGGACUGUAAAAUUAAGCUAUGGGAGGUUUAUGGAGACCGGCGCUGUCUGAGAACAUUUAUUGGUCACAGUAAGGCUGUUAGGGAUAUUUGCUUCAAUACUGCAGGAACACAGUUCCUCAGCGCAGCCUAUGACAGGUAUCUUAAGCUCUGGGACACUGAGACAGGACAGUGUAUAUCAAGAUUUACAAACCGAAAAGUACCUUAUUGUGUCAAAUUCAAUCCUGAUGAAGAUAAGCAAAAUCUCUUUGUGGCUGGGAUGUCUGAUAAGAAGAUUGUGCAAUGGGACAUUCGAAGUGGAGAAAUUGUGCAGGAAUAUGAUCGGCAUUUGGGAGCUGUCAACACCAUCGUUUUUGUGGAUGAGAAUAGGAGAUUUGUGAGCACAUCUGAUGAUAAAAGCCUUAGAGUUUGGGAAUGGGAUAUCCCUGUGGAUUUCAAGUAUAUAGCAGAACCCAGUAUGCACUCAAUGCCUGCAGUGACUUUGUCUCCAAAUGGAAAAUGGCUAGCAUGCCAAUCAAUGGACAACCAAAUCUUAAUUUUUGGAGCACAGAACAGAUUUAGAUUAAAUAAGAAAAAAAUUUUUAAGGGCCAUAUGGUAGCAGGCUACGCUUGUCAGGUGGACUUUUCACCAGACAUGAGUUAUGUGAUUUCAGGAGAUGGAAAUGGAAAAUUAAACAUUUGGGACUGGAAGACCACAAAACUCUACAGUCGAUUUAAAGCUCAUGAUAAAGUGUGUAUAGGUGCAGUGUGGCAUCCUCAUGAAACUUCUAAGGUCAUAACAUGUGGUUGGGAUGGUCUCAUUAAAUUGUGGGAUUAAUUAGAUUAAUCCUUAAACUAGCUAGGAUCAUUUUUGAUCCAUUGUCAUAUUUAAUGUAUUUAAUUAUUAAAUGUAUCAGAUGAUAACUUGAUUUACAGAUAAUGUUGAUGACAUUGACCCAUUGUUUAAAAAAAGAAACUGUAAAUUUGACGUAAUUUCAUUUGCAACUUAAUUUUGUUCUUUAUAAAUGUUAUUUAUACAGAAAAUGGCUAUUGACUUUCUAUUUGACAAGUAGUUACAAUUGGCAAGCAGUUUGAGUUUAUACCCAUGACAUACCGAAAGCAUCCUUUUGGAGUCAAGAAAGAAUCCCUAGUGGAUUUGGGAUUCUAGAGGAGGUAAUGUAAUUAAUUAUUCAGAAAAAUACCAUGUAUUUACCUCUUCAGCCAAAAGGGCAGUAAAGAAUAGGGAUAAUAUAAUUUAAUGUAAAUUUGGAAGAGGGAAAAAACCACCCAGUUACUGUCCCCAUUAUUUUCACUGGGUCAAGUUCUAAUCUUUUGGCUUCAUGAGUUCCACUCCCUUUGAUGACACAUGUUGUGUAUUUUUAGUUGUAAAGCAGUAAUCUUCUUUAACUGCAUCAUUCCUCUAAUUAUAAACAAUGAAAAAUAAAAAUCAGUCCAGAGUUCUUUCGUUGACUUAAUUCCUGAUCAGUAUAGACAGGACUGUAUGUAUUUAAUCAGAGAAUUACAUUAUAUCUGAAGAUGGAACUCAGGAGGAUGCACCAAGACUUUGAAUUUUAUUUACAUUCACUGUCAGUAAAGACCUAGCUACACUUUGAGAAAUCAAGAUCUCCUAGGUCAUUGCUUCGCAGCUGUAAUUACUGAAAUCCUCCUCAGAGGAGAUAAAGUACGAUGGGUAGAGUCCAAGAUGUCAACUUGUAAUUUCUUUGAAGCCAUGUGUUUUAUCUUUAAAAUUAUUCCUAUUUUACCUGUGAAUAUAUACAACAGAACUUUUUAAGAUUAAAAAAUUUUUUAAACGUCUAUGUCUGAAAAAAAAAAAAAAGUGACACUCCCGGAAGAUGGCUAGAGUUCCCCAGUUUGAGAAGCGGUGACCAUGGUGGAAAAUAGUUUUUAAACAUCAGAUUAUAAAAUCAAGAUAGGCCAGGCGCAGUGGCACACGCCUGUAAUCCCAGCACU